AUGGGCAGGAUCAUCUUCUAUGAGGACAGGAACUUCCAGGGUCGCUCUUAUGAAUGUAUGGGUGACUGUGCGGACAUGUCCUCUUACAUGAGCCGUUGCCACUCUUGUAGAAUAGAGAGCGGGUGCUGGAUGAUGUAUGAUCGUCCCAACUAUAUGGGCAAUCAGUAUUUCUUCAGGAGGGGUGACUAUGCUGACUAUAUGGCUAUGUUUGGCAUGAAUGAUUGUAUCAGAUCUUGCAGAAUGAUCCCCAUGCACAGGGGAUCCUUCAGAAUGAGGAUCUAUGAGAGGGAGAACUUUGGCGGUCAGAUGAACGAGAUGAUGGAUGACUGUGACAACAUCCAGGACCGUUACCGCAUGUCUCACUGCCAGUCCUGCCAUGUAAUGGAUGGUCACUGGCUCAUGUAUGAGCAGCCCCGCUACAGAGGCAAGAUGAUGUACUUCAGACCUGGAGAGUACAGGAACUUCAGUAAUAUGGGUGGCACGAGAUUCAUGAGCAUGAAGCGUAUCAAUGAUUCUUAUUUUUAA